CUUCUCUUCUCCAAAGGUUCCAGCAGGCUCGACGCUUCACUCAAAAUCUUCCUACCACUAUAUUUACUGAAGAGACAGUGAAGAAUGGCUUCCGUGACCUCAUGCGAAGGGCAGCCCAGCCCGUAGCGGUCGUGACAGCCUUGACGCGUUCGGGCUACCCUUACCACGGUGCGACGCUCUCGUCAUUCACGUCCAUUGCCCUCGACCCCCACCCCCUCGUCGCUUUCUCCCUGCGUAUGCCUUCUCGUCUGGCCAACGCGAUCCAAAAUACACCCCCGGACCCUUCCACACCGCACCUCGUCGUGAACAUCCUCGCAGAACACCAGCCUCCCAGGGCAGAAGACUUUGUCAACGCUGAAGAAAACAUGUGGGAUCGCAUACCGCAUACCCACAGCGAGGAGGGGAUACCCAUUCUGUCUGGAUCAUUGGGGGCCGUUUCGUGUCGCCUCGUCACGUCGCCGAUACCGUUGCAUGAUUUGGAGUUUUUAGAAUCGGGUAUGCAGAAGAAGUUGUCGAAGGCACCGGUGCUGUCGUCGCAGCUGUAUCUUGCUCAGGUGUUGAGAGUAGAGAAGGUUGACCAGGAGGCUGGUUCGGGGCGCGAGGUGCUGCCGCUCAUUUAUCGACAUCGGACUUAUACGACGUGUCUGCAUUCCGAUAAGCCUACAUGACCUUUGGGACGAGGGAUAGAUUUCUUUUCUCUAGCUACUUUUGCCUUCGGCGAUGUUCGGCCUAAGCCAGGCUUCUUGAGUCCACCGUGUUUAAGUUCCGGCUAGUCGUUCUGUUACCAGCUAAUAAAUGCCACACGAUUUCUUCAUAAAUCGCGAUGCACCUUGACAUUGCUGUUGCCCAG